CAUUGUUGAAAAAGGUAUUUCUGACUUGGAAAAUAUGAUGAAAAAGAUGAUGCGUAAUCGAAAGGUCAUUGUUGUUCUAGAUGAUGUGGAUGAUAUAGACCAGCUUGAGGCGUUAGCUGGUGACCUUACUUGGUUUAAGCCGGGAAGUAGAAUUAUCAUCACAACAAGAGAUGAGCAAGUGUUAGUAACACAACGAGUGAAUGUUAUUCAUGAUGUCACUCUGUUAUCGGAUAAGGAAGCAAUUUGCCUCUUUAGUAGGUAUGCAUUUGGGAGGGAGAUUCCAGAUCAAGGGUAUGAAGAGCUAUUAAGAAAAGUUGUACGUUAUGCUGCCGAUCUUCCCUUAACAAUCAAAGUUUUGGGUUCACAUCUUUGUGGUAGAACUGAGCACGAAUGGGUAGACACCAUAGAAAGACUAAAAACCAUUCCCUUGGAGAAAACUUUGAAAAGAUUGGAACUAAGCUAUAAUGGCCUAGAGAAUGAUCAGAAAGAAAUAUUCUUAGAUGUUGUAUGCUUACAAAAAGGUGAAACGAAAGAUGACUCAAUAAGAAUACUUGAAAGUUGUGGGUUUAGUGCUCAUAUUGGUUUAAGAGUUCUUGAGCAAAAAUCUUUGAUAACUAUUUCUGAUAAUGACGGUUUGCGUUUCCAUGACCAUAUAGAAGAAAUGGGCUGGAAUAUUGUCCGUGGUUCGCACCCUCUUGAGCCUAGCAAGCAUAACCGAUUAUGGAUUAAAAAGGAAAUAGAAGAUAUAUUAGUUAAUGAAUUGGGUACCGAAGUAACAAGAAGUAUUAAACUAAAAUACACUAGUCUCCAUCCAACAACUAUUAUGAGAGGUCUUAGGAAAAUGAGGGAACUUAGAUUUCUUUCCGUGCAAAAAGGAGAUAUAGAAUGGGUUGUUGAUGAAGUUAGCCAAUACUUACUUGAUGGUUUACAAUCUCUAUAUUGGCCUCAAUACCCUUUUUGGUCUUUACCUCAAAUGUUUCAAGCAAAUAAGCUCGUUAAUCUUGAAAUGGUUGGGAGCAAAAUAUUUGAACUUUGGGAAGGAGGAGAAAGAAAGGUUCUAAAUAAGAUAAGAUUCAUUGACCUCAGAUAUUCAGAGUUAGAAACCUUUGACCUUAGUAUGACUCCAAAUCUCGAAAAGUUAAAUGUGGAAGGAUGUUUUAACUUUUUCCAACUCUACAUCCCUGUUGAAUGUCCAAAGCUCAAAUUCCUCAAUCUCAUUGGUUCUAAGGUGGGUAAUCUUAACCUUGGGAUGAUUCCACGUCUCGUGAAGUUAAAUCUUGAUGGAUGUAAUAAAUUUGUAGAACUCCACUUGCCUGUUGAAUGUCCAAACCUCAAAUCCAUAGAUCUUAGUGGUUCUAAGGUGAGUAAGCUUAACCUUGAGAACACUCACCAUCUCGAAAAGUUGACUUGUGAAGGAUGUAAUGAAUUUGUUGAACUCCACUUUCCCGUUGAAUUUUUGAAUCUCAAAUCCAUAGAUCUCAGUGGUUCUAAGGUGGGUAACCUUAACCUUGGGAUGACUCCACAUCUAGAGGAGUUAAAUCUUAGCGGGUGUAAUGAAUUUGUAGAAUUCCACAUGCCCGUUGAACAUCCAAAGCUCAAAUUUCUCAACCUCAAAGGUUCUAAGGUGAGUAACCUUAACCUUGGGAUGACUCCACAUCUUGAGGAGUUAAAUCUUUGCCGAUGUAAUGAAUUUGUAGAACUCCACAUGCCCGUUGAACAUCCAAAGCUCAAAUUUCUCAACCUCAAAGGUUCUAAGGUGAGUAACUUUAACCUUGGGAUGACUCCACAUCUUGAGGAGUUAAAUCUUGAAGGAUGUAAUGAUUUUGUAGAACUCCACAUGCCUGUUGAAUGUCCAAAGCUCAAAUUUCUCAACCUCAAAGGUUCUAAGGUGACUAACCUUAACCUUAUGGCUCCAAAUCUCGAGAAGUUGAAUCUUGAAAAAUGUAAUGAAUUUGUAGAACUCCACUCGCCUGUUGGAUGGCUAACCAUCAAAUCCCUCAAUCUUAGUGGUUCCAAGGUGAGUAAACUUAACCUUGGGAUGAUUUCACAUCUCGAGGAGUCAAAUCUUAGAGGAUGUAAUGAUUUUGUAGAACUCCACAUGCCCAUUGAAUGUCCAAAGCUCAAAGUUCUCAACCUCAAAGGUUCUAAGGUGAGUAUUCUUAACCUUGGGAUGACUCCACAUCUUGAGGAGCUAAAUCUUAGCGGAUGUAAUGAAUUUGUAGAACUCCACAUGCCCGUUGAAUGUACAAAGUGUAGGUCCCUCGGAGGUUGA